AUGAUAGGUGUUUACAGCUGUGAGCAGGAUUUCCUCUCUGGGUACGACAAUAAAGGCGAUGUGCUGCGGUCUCCAAUACAAACGACAGACGGCUAUGAGUCGCGAUUAGAAAUGCUAGAACCCGCUAUUAUUAAUAAUGGUCUAUAUUGCCACGAUGGGAUAGUACAGCUGUGA